GGAAAAUACUGCCCUGCCCGGGGCGUCCAGUUAGCUGUUCCUGACGUGGGGGGCUGGGGAACCGCUCUCAAGUACGUUGGUAGCAUGACUGUAAAUCCCGCUGGCUAGGUGAAGCAAGGUUAACGAUCUUUACAAGCUAACAAGAUGCUCUGCUUUCUGGCAAGUCGCCCAGCGCUGAACAUACUGUGCAGUCAAUGCAGCGGUUGUAGUCAUGCAGCUUCUAGUCAUGGGAGCAUUCAGCCGACAGAAGUUUUUCCAAGAGCUUGCUCAUGGCUGCCUGCUGCCUACAGCUCAGCAGGGCCUGGAGCAAGUAUGGCAGCUGCUGGUUAUCUGCCUGCUGUGUCGGCUUCUCUGGAUGUUGGGCCUCCCCUCUUUUGUGAAACACCUGGGCACAGUCGCAGGAGGUUUCUACACUCUCUACCUGUUCUUUGAGCUUCAUAUGAUCUGGGUGGUCCUCCUCAGCCUUCUCUGCUACCUCUUCCUCUUCCUGUGCCGCCACUCUACCAUGCGAGGCACCUUCCUCUCCAUCACUGUGCUCAUCUACCUGCUGCUGGGCGAGCUGCACAUGAUGGACACCACCAACUGGCACAAGAUGAGAGGUUCGCAGAUGGUGGUUGCCAUGAAAGCCAUCUCUCUGGCCUUCGAUCUGGACAGAGGUGUCGUGGCCAGUGUACCCUCACCCAUUGAGUUCAUGGGCUAUAUUUACUUUGUGGGCACAGUCAUCUUUGGUCCCUGGAUCAGCUUCAACAGCUACAAAGACGCUUUAGAAGGACGUAAGCUGAGCUUUUCGUGGCUUUUAAAAGUGUCUGUUAGCUGGGUGAAGAGCCAGGUCUGCCUUGUUAUUUCCAACUGCGUGGCACCAUACCUUUUCCCUUAUUUCAUACCGGUCUAUGGAGACAAGUUACUACGAGGCAAAAAGAGAAGAAAGAUCAGAGGUACACCGGCAAAGUGGAUGCUGGCGUAUGAGAACACAAUGUCUUUCCACUUCAGCAACUAUUUUGUUGGUUAUUUGAGCGAGACUACUACUACUCUGGCUGGAGCAGGCUUUACAGAGGAGAAGGAAAACCUCAAAUGGGAUAUGACUGUAUCCAAGCCGCUGAAUAUAGAGUUUCCCCGGUCGAUGGUGGAGGUGGUAACGUCGUGGAAUCUGCCCAUGUCUCGCUUUCUGCACACCUAUGUUUUUAAGAGCGCGCUCAAAUUUGGGACGUUCUCCGCCAUCAUGGUGACGUAUACAGCCAGCGCCCUUCUGCAUGGUUUGAGUUUUCACCUGGGUGCAGUGCUUCUGUCUCUUGGGUUCAUCACGUACAUUGAGCAUGUGUUGCGGAAGAGGCUUGCAGCCAUUUUCAAUGCCUGUGUGCUGUCAAAGAAAUGUCAGCCAAACUGUACUCACAGGAACAAAAAGAAGCUGUGGGUGUAUUUGAUUAACAUAGCAUUCAGCGCUCUGGCAAUACUCCACCUGACGUACCUGGGCUCAGUGUUCAACUCCAGUGUCGACUACAUGGAGGAGGAUGAGGACGAUGUAAGCCAUCAUACUAUUCAGAAGUGGUCCGAGCUGAGCUGGACAAGCCACUGGGUCACAUUUGGAUGCUGGAUAUUGUACCGCCUCAUUCUCUAAUAAUGAGAGACGGAGAAAGUGAAGCAAUAAGGAGAGAUGUAUGGCUGGUUCUCCACUUCUGCACUGUGACUUUAUUCCGCCUCAGACCGAAGAGAGCAGACUCAACCUGUAUACAACAAUAAACCAACGCCCAGUGUUCAGAUUGCGCCGCAUGUUGGCUGGGUAAUCUAUUAUUCUAACCUGCCGGGGGACUAGUUUUGAUAUCCAUGGAAUGAUAGCCCACUCCUCCCUCCUUUUCUCCGUAUCGCAUCCUUUUUUAUCCGAGCCGCAGUUGUCAACCCUCAUGUUGUGACAGCAGUUACCGACGUCUCACUGUGAGUCACAAUCAAUACCUAUCAGCAUGGUGGAGAUUGGCUGCUCCUUUCUGUGGACACAUGAUAGAGCCCACUAUCUAGGUGUUUUCAGGGUCGACUGCGGCAGAUGUCCUCCAGACGUGGUUUCC